CUCUGUCCCAGCUCAGGACUUCCCAGUGACUUUGCAAGACUGCACUUAGCACACAACAAGUCCCAACUUUCCGAUUGCACGAGCGAGGAGGCAAAAGUGUGGAGUCUCUUUCAAAUAAAAAAACAAACAAACAAACAAACAAACAAACAAGCGCGUAAAAAUAGGAUCCUUUUUUUUAAACCUGUUGAUGAAGUCCCACCGGGAGUGGGGCGCAGAGGAGCAGCAGUCCGGGUUUCUUCACAGAGAAAGAAAAAGUCUGAAAAAAGGUGCACCACUCCACUGAAGGACCUCGGGGUUUUUUUUUUCUUCCUUUCUCCCCAGCAGUCUGCAGCCUGUGCUGGGUUGGUGGAAAAUGGGCACUCCGACCACUUCGAUCUGUGGACUUAUCUUCUGUUUGAUACUCACAUGCCAGCUUGUUACUGUGACUCAGGCCUCCAAGGUGUGGGGAGAGGUCCCUCUGCCAGAGGACUUGGAGGCGGAGAAAGAUGUCCAGGCGGGUCGGAGCUUACUGGACGACGACGAGGACUUUGCCGCUGAUGAAGCUUCAGGAGAUUUGCCCAGUGGAGAGGAUGAUGGGAGCACGCCAUGGCCUCCAGUCUCUGAGACAACAAUUUAUUACAGAGCUCUCGUCAACUUCACCGACUCCCUCGUCUACGGCCCCGAGCUCGAGGACAUCUUCUCACCAGCUUUUAAUGAGAUCUCUGAAGCAGUGGUGGACACACUGGAGUCGGACUACAACAGGAUUCCAGGUGUCCAGACAGUCAGCGUUGUCCUCAUUAAGAAGAUGAUAAGAGAGGACGGCGUGGACGUGUUUGUGGAGUUGGACGUGGGUUCGGACUACAACAACAACGACGACCAGAUCCGCAGCGUGCUGUACAACGUGGUGAAGGAGGGAGCCAUCGCUUCCUAUGUCACGUCAGUUCAGGGCUUUCAAUUCAGACGGCUCGGCGAAGUAACCCCCAGCAUCAGACCGUGCAUGCCAGAUGAGCACAGGUGUGGGGAUGGGACUUGUAUCCUGAUGGAAUACCUGUGUGACAACAGACCAGACUGCAGAGACAUGAGUGAUGAGACCAAUUGUGAAACCAAAGGACCGUCUCCUCCAGUCUUAACCACCCCUCCGCAAAAAACCACCAUCAAGAAGCCCCCGAGGCCCCCGAGCCCACCUGGACCGUGCAGAGUGGAUCAAGCCACAUGCCAGAGUGGAGAGUGCAUCCCCCGAGACUACAUCUGCGACGGAGAGAGGGACUGCUCGGACGGAAGCGACGAGUUCAGAUGUGGUACUCCAUCGCCCUGCGAACCCAACGAGUUCAAGUGUAAGAACGGCCGCUGUGCCCUCAAGCUUUGGCGUUGUGAUGGAGACAACGACUGUGAGGACAACUCGGAUGAAACAGACUGCCCCACCAAGGGUCCUAGCGACAGGUGUGCUCCCGAACAGUUUGAAUGCCUGAGCGAUCGCACCUGCAUCCCGGCCAGUUACCAGUGUGACGACGAGCCAGACUGCCCUGACCGCUCCGAUGAGUACGGCUGCACCCCUCCCUCUGUGACAAGCCCACCAGAAGAGUCGGUCCAGGCGGCGCGGGGGACGACGGUGACGUUUACCUGUCAGGCUGUGGGAGUGCCAACCCCCAUCAUCACCUGGAGACUCAACUGGGGGCACAUUCCUGUCAGCAACAGGAUAUCCAUGAGGAGCGAGAACGGCCGUGGCACCCUGACUAUUCGUGAUGUGAAGGAGGCGGAUCAGGGGGCGUACACCUGUGAGGCCAUCAAUGCUAAAGGCCUGGUGUUUGGUAUCCCAGAUGGAGUGCUGACACUCACAACCGGUUCAAAUCCAGGUAACUGUCCUGAGGGUCACUUCAGUGUGGAGGGCCGCUGUGUGUCCUGCUUCUGUGCUGGCAUCAGCAAGAACUGCAAGGGCACCGGCCGCUACCGCAACCAGAUCAGCCUGCGCUUCACUGAGGAGGAAGACUUCAAAGGAGUGAACGUCACUUACCCCUCCAGGCCAAACACUCCUCCUCUGUCCUCCACUCAGCUCCUCAUCAACCCUGAGAUGGAGGAGUUCCAGCUCGUCGACCUGUCCCGCCGCUUCCUCAAUCUAGACUCCUUCUGGAUCUUGCCUCGCCAGUUUCUGGGCAGCAAGAUCGACGCCUACGGAGGAACCCUGAAGUACAAGGUGCGGUACACAUUGGCGCGCGGCCACACUGAGGUUGUGGAGAAGCCAGAUGUGAUGCUGGUUGGAAAUGGACGCAGACUUGUGUACCGCAGAGGAAGCACCACCGCGGGCCGAGUGGUCAACCAGAAGGAGAUCAAAUUUACUGAAGAAAACUGGCAGCACUCUAACGGUCGCCCCGUGAGCAGAGAAGAUCUGAUGAUGACGCUCGCCAACCUGGACGGCAUCAACAUCCGCACCAUCUACGACAACCACAUGGUCAGCGUGGCGCUCAGUGACAUCAUCAUGUCGACCACUUCUGUGGAGUUCAGCACCAUGGGUCAUGCUAAGGAUGUGGAGGAGUGCAGAUGUCCUCCUGGAUAUUCAGGCCUGUCCUGUGAGAGGUGCACCCCCGGUUUCGAGCGCGUCCCCGGCGGCUCUUAUCUCGGCACCUGUGCUGGUUGUAACUGCAACGGACAUGCCAGCGCCUGUGAUCCAAUCAACGGCCACUGUCUGAGCUGCCAGCACAACACAGAGGGCCCUCAGUGUGACAAAUGUCGCCCAGGAUACUUCGGUGACCCAACCCGAGGUCGCCCCGAUGACUGCAAGCCGUGCCCCUGCCCUUACUACGAGACCUCGAGGCGGUUUUCUGACACCUGCUUCGUGGAUGUCGACCAACAGCCGACAUGUGAUGCCUGCAAACCUGGCUACACAGGAAGACGCUGUGAAAAGUGUGCUGCUGGAUACCAGGGAAACCCCCUUCUGCCUAAUGGAAAAUGUGUUCCUAACUCUUCGAGCGCCAAGUGUGAUAACAGAGGAACCAUCAGCUCCAACAGCAGACCAUGCAGCUGCAAGAACAACGUGGCAGGCGCUCUGUGUGAGGAGUGUAAGCAGGGCUUCUUCCACCUAUCCGAGUCCAACCCUGAGGGCUGUCUGCGCUGUUUCUGUAUGGGCGUCACCAAACAGUGCGCCAGCUCCACUUGGAAUAGAGAUCAGGUUCGAGGCGGGGUGAACGCGCAGCUCUUCUCCCUCUCCAACAGCGGCAGCACCGUGACUAUCAAUGAAGGAAUCUCCCAGAGAGGCUCCUCUGAAGUGUUCUUCCGCUCAUUCGCCACCGUUCCAAACGACAUCUACUACUGGGUCCUGCCUGAGAGCUUCAGAGGAGAUAAGGUGACGGCUUAUGGCGGGGAGCUCCUCUACACUGUGCGCUUUGAACCACAACAGCGCUCGCUGGUGAUUGACGGUCAGCCGGAUGUGGUUCUCCAGGGCAAUGGCAUCUUUCUGGAACACUACUCUAAAACCAAGCCCCUCCCACGAGACCCACGAGACCCACGCGUUGUCACCGUGACCUUCAGAGAGUCUGCAUGGCGUCGCGCCGACGGGCAGCCAUGCACCCGCGAGCACCUCCUGAUGGCUUUGGCUGACGUUACUCUCUUCAUGAUUAGGGCCUCCUACGCAGACAAGAUGGCAGAGACCAGUAUCUCGGACAUCAAGAUGGACAUUGCUGUUCCUCAAUCCACCGGUAAUGAACGUGCUCUGGAGGUGGAGGAGUGCGCCUGCCCUCAGGGAUACAGAGGACCCUCUUGCCAGGAGUGUGAUGAAGGUUACACGCGGACCACCUCCGGCCUUUACCUGGGCACUUGUGAGAGGUGUGAUUGCAAUGGUCACGCCAGCGGCUGUGACCCGGAGACCGGCAAGUGCCUGCAAUGUCUUCAUAACACCGCUGGGGCAAGGUGUGAGCGCUGUCAGACUGGUUACUAUGGAAACCCUGUGAAGGAUGGUGCUCAGGCCUGCCAGCCCUGCCCCUGUCCUGGAACCUCUUCCAGCAACCAAUUCUCUCCAACCUGUUAUCUGGAGGCGGAUGGUCAGCCGACCUGUGACAGCUGCCCCCCUGGAUACACAGGCCGACGCUGUGAAAGAUGCGCAGCAGGAUACACUGGCAACCCCCAGCUUGGACAGAGGUGUAUCGUUGGCGGCAAUGAUCUCAAUGGUAACUGUUACAGCUGUGACCAAAGAGGAAGUGAAGGUUGCAAUGGACCUCUCUGCAGCUGCAAGAUGAACGUUGAAGGCCCAUCUUGCUCCAACUGUAAGUCUGGAACCUUCCAUCUCAGCCCAGACAACAAAGAUGGCUGCCUGUCCUGUUUCUGUAUGGGCGUCACUCAGCAGUGCACCAGCUCUACCUACUACAGAGACCUGGUGUCCUCAGUCUUCACUCCAGGGAACUUCCAGGGAUUCGCUCUGGUGAACCGUCAGCGCACCAAUCGUAUAUCCACUGGUUUCACCGUGGAGGUUUCCACCGAGGGAACUCAGCUGUCCUACAGCAACUUCGACUACCUGGGACAGGAGCCUCAUUACUGGCAGCUUCCAGGGGUCUACCAGGGAGACAAGAAAGAUUCUUUCUAUUCUCGUAUAAGACGAGCAGAGCAGGGUGAAGUCAGAAAACUGGACGAUGAGGUCUGGGCUCUCUUCUCUAACUUCUCAAAUGGACAAGCUGGCUCCCAUCCUUUCUUUCCCUCCUCCUCCAAAUCCUCCUCCUCUUCUAUCCGGGUCCCAACUCCCUCCUCCACCUCUUUAUCCUCUCGGUGGUCUUUGCGUAACCUGAGCCCCCCUUCUCCGUCUGGUGUCUCAUCUUCAGUUAGACCAACCAGACCCCAAUCCUAUAGCCCUGGCCAUUCCCCUCGUCUGCAGAGCAAGAACACAGUGAGCAAGACUUCUGCUGGCUCUUCAGGGGGUGGCAGCAAGUACGCUCUGGUCUACAAAGGUUUCAGCUUGCACCAGGAUGAUCUGCUCUACUGGCAGCUCCCAGCCCAGUUCACAGGGGAUAAGGUUGGGUCUUACGGCGGUAAGCUUAAAUACACCAUCUCCUACGUGGCCGGUACACGAGGAACAACACUGGAUGACGGUGACGUCCAGAUUAUUGGUAAUGACAUCACUCUGGUAGCCAGUCAGCCCUGGCAGAGGAGGGAGCAUGGCAGCAGAGAGACUCACCAGUUUGAGUUUGUCUUCAAAGAGGAAAACUGGCAGCGUCUUGAUGGCAUGCCCGCCACCCGAGAGCACCUGUUGAUGGUUUUGGCUGAUCUGGACGACAUCCUGAUCAGAGCGUCUUACUCCUCUGAGAUGAGGUCCUCCAGCAUCUAUGACAUCAGCAUGGAGGUCGCCGUGCCAAACUACAGCGGUUUGGCCCAGGCCCUUGAGGUGGAGCAGUGCCGCUGCCCGCCUGGAUACCAGGGACUCUCUUGUCAGGACUGUGCAUCUGGAUACACUCGCACUGGAGGAGGUUUAUACCUCGGUCACUGUGAGCUCUGUGAAUGUAACGGCCACUCUGACUCCUGCCACCCUGAGAAUGGCAUCUGCACGAGCUGCCUGCACAACACUCAGGGGGAGCUCUGCGAGCAGUGCGCCCAGGGCUUCUUCGGUGACCCCACUGUUGGCACACCGGAGGACUGCCAGCCCUGCGCCUGCCCUCACACUGACCCGGACAACCAAUUCUCCCCGACCUGCGAGAGCCUCGGUAAUGGAGGCUACCAGUGCACCGCCUGUCAGCCUGGAUACACCGGACAGUACUGUGAACGUUGUGCUCCUGGAUAUGUUGGAAAUCCACAGGAGAGACAGAAGUGUCGCCCAUACGAUGCUGCGGCCUCCCUGGUGGUGAAGGUCUAUCCAGAGAGGGUCCUGGCUCCCCAGGGCGGCUCCGUCACUCUCCGGUGUCAGGUCUCCGGCUCUCCUCCGCACUAUUUCUACUGGUCCAGAGAGGAUGGACGACCCAUCUCCAGCAGCGCAGACAGACGCAGACAAGGAGCAGAGCUGUACAUCCACAGUGUGCAGUCGAGUGAUGCCGGGGUCUACGUCUGUACCUGCAGAGAUCAGCGCAGCACCAACAGGAGCCGGGCUGAAAUUGUUGUCACAAGUGUCGUGUCCAAACCCAUUGAGGUGACUAUUGAGGAGCCUAAAGCCCAGACUGUCAGGGUGGGAUCAACUGUCAACUUCAUCUGCACUGCAAAGAGCAAGUCUCCAGCUUACACCCUGGUCUGGACCAGGAACGGCAACGGGAAGCUUCCCAACCGCGCCAUGGACUUCAACGGCAUCCUGACAAUUCAGAACGUCCAGCCCGAGGAUGCUGGCGUCUACGUCUGCACGGGCUCCAACAUGUUCGCCAUGGACGAGGGCAAUGCCAUCCUCUACGUGCCAGAGGCCUCAAAGACUGAGAUGUUUUACACAGCGUAUGAAAUGUUUGAAGGACACAGAAAGCCUGCAGAGGGGGCCCAACCUGUGGCCACCAUCAAUCCUUCAGUGCUGAAUGUCCAGCAGGGUCAGCGAGCAGAGUUUCGCUGCACGGUGACUGGAAACCCAACCCCUGCUAUAGAAUGGAUCGGAGGUCCAGGAAACAGAAUGAGCCCCAGGGCCGUGGUACGAGGUGGUGUUCUGACCUUCACAGCAGUGGACCCAGCUGAUGAGGGGGAGUACACCUGCAAGGCCCUGAACACACACGGAGAGCACACAGCGCGAGGUUCCCUCUAUAUACAAAAGUCUAACCCAAUAGGAUUAGGCACCAAGCCCCAGGUCCAAGUCAGUCCCCAAAACAUUAAAGUCCACGAGGGCGACACCUUGAGGUUGUACUGCCGAGCAUCCGGAUCUCCAACCCCGAAACUCACCUGGAAGAAAACCGGAGAUCAAAUACCUGCACAGGCCAUUCCCUCUCACGGUUUCCAUCAGUUUAAAAGCAACAGUCUCGAUGUGUUACAGAGACGUAUUGAGGAGCUGCAGGCCCGUAUGGACCGCACAGACAUCGGUACUCUGCUCAUCCCAAACAUCAAAAUGUCCGAGUCGGGCACUUACGUGUGUGAGGGCAGCAACAGCAUCGGCUCGAGCAGUUCUCCCAUUGAAGUCACUGUUAUCAAAGCGGACUACAGCUCCUCAGUGGUCAGCAUCCAGCCAUCUAUAGCUGACGUCCAGGAGGGUCAGAGUCUGGAGCUCAACUGUUUUGCUCCUGGAAACCCUCCUCCUAAAGUCACAUGGACCAGAGCCAGCGGGCGCCUCUCCUCUAACCACCAGGUUCUGGGCAGUCAGCUGCGUAUCCUGUCGGCCUCUCCAGAGGACUCAGGGGAGUACAUCUGUCGGGUGCAGGGUAACCUUGGAAACCCAGGCUCUCAUGUCCAUCAGGCCUCCGUCUCUGUUUCCGUCACCUCGUCUUCCUCACGUCUUCAGAGUCCAAUCAUCGCCGUCGAGCCUCACAGAGCUUCGGUGCGCGUUGGGGAGACGGCCAGCUUCAGGUGCAGGAUAUACAGCGGAGCCCAGCCAAUCAGACUGGAGUGGAAACUGGCCAACAACCAGCCGCUGCCAGAUAACGUGAAAGUUGGUCCUGAUGGCUCUGUUAUCACCAUCACCAGUACUCGCCCAAUGAACCAUGGCGCCUACCGCUGUGUGGCCAGCAACCCGUUUGGCAUCACCCACACCAUGGUGUCUUUGAUCAUCAAAGAGUCUCCUGUGGCCACCGUCACUCCUGUUGGACCCGUGCGUGUCAGGGUGGGUGAACCCAUUAACCUUGAAUGCCAGGCGUCAGGAGAGCCCCGCCCCUCUGUGUCCUGGCACAGACUGGACAGCAACCGCAAGACCAUGCUGAGCAGCCCCGUGCCCAUGGAGUCUAAUGCGGUCAUGCAGAUACUAGUGGCCCGUUCAGAAGACAGCGGCACCUAUGUCUGCACGGCUCGCAACAACGAGGGCAGCACUGAGACAAAGGUGGAGGUUGUGGUUGAAGGAGGCGCUCAGGUGCCCUCAGUGCCCAGAGCCAGUGUCCCCGAGCCGCUCAUGGUUAUAGUGGAGGGACAGACUGCAACGCUGCGCUGCGAUGCUCACGGUUUACCCUCCCCGACGAUCACCUGGUCCAAGCUGCGGUCUCCUCUGCCUUGGAGACACAAAGUGGUGGACAACGCCCUGGUCCUGCCCACUGUGGGCCGCCAAGACUCUGGAGAAUACAUCUGCACCGCCACCAACAACAUGGGCACCACUGAAGUCACCAUCACGCUAGAUGUAGAGACGCUCCCGUACGCCACCUCGCUGCCCGAUGACGUCGCCGUGCGGGUCGGGGAGGUGAUCAGGCUGCAGUGUCUGGCUCACGGCACUCCUCCUCUGGAUUACACGUGGACCAAACUGGACGGAAACCUUCCCCCGAGGGCCGAGGUCAGCGGAGGAGACCUUCAGAUCAACCUGGCCACCGCCGAGGACGCUGGGAGCUACAAGUGUGUGGCCAGCAACAAAGUGGGCAACAGCGAGGUGGUCGCUAAAGUCACAGUCAGAUCCCCAUUGGCAGUGCGAGUAUCACCCCAGGUUGAAGUGAAAGCUCAGGGCAGUGCUGUGGAGUUCACCUGUUCAGCAGCAGGAGGUAUAGAAACCAAGAUUGAGUGGCUGAAGGAGGGAGGAGCUCUGCCACCCAACCACCACGUCAAGGACGGAGUGCUCAGGAUUGAGAACCUUGAGCAGAGCAAUGAAGGCGUUUACAUCUGCAGAGCCAGCGGUGUGUACGGUCAGGCCCAGGACUCUGCCAGGUUGACCAUCCAAGCCCUGCCAAAGGUGAUGAUCAACGUGCGCACUUCGGUGCAGACUGUGAUGAUCGGGAACUCUGUGGAGUUUGAGUGCCAGGCUGUCGGUGACCCGGAGCCCACUGUCAAAUGGAGUAAAGUGGGUGGGUCUCUGCCUGCUCACAUCAUGGUGAAGGGAGGCAUGUUGAAGAUCGAGCAGGUGACGGAGGCUGAUGCCGGGCAGUACCGCUGCACAGCCACCAACGACGUGGGCUCAGUACAGUCGCAGGUCGUCCUCAACGUCCAGUCCCUUCCUCAAAUUGCUGCGCUGCCUGAAACUAAGGAGGUGACAGUUGGCUCGGAUGCAGUCCUGCCCUGUGUGGCUUCAGGAUACCCUGUACCGGACAUCAAAUGGGCCAAGUUGGAUGCAGAGCUUCCUCCGAAGUGUUUCCAGGACGUCAAUGUGCUGACGGUUCCCCGGGUCACCCAUGAGGAUUCUGGGACGUACGUCUGCACCGCCUCCAACAAACAGGGGAAAGUGGAAGCCUUUACCACACUUGAAGUUCACGAGAGAGUGAUGCCAUACUUCACACAGGAACCCUUGUCCUACCUCACCCUGCCCACCAUCAAAAACGCUUACAAAUCUUUCAGCAUCAAGAUCAACUUCAGACCUGAUAAUGUCGAUGGUCUCAUAUUGUACGCUGGUAUGAUCCUCUACAACGGCCAGAGAAGGACCACCGGUGCAGACUUUAUCUCUCUGGGACUCGUUGGCGGUCGUUUGGAGUUCAGGUUUGACGUCGGCUCGGGCAUGGCCUCCAUACGCGACCCCAACCCCAUCAAACUGGGGGAGUUUCACACCGUCGAGCUGUCUCGUAACAGCACCCUGGGCUACAUCAUCGUGGACGGAGGGGAGCCGAUCAACGGCAGCUCGCAGGGCAAGUUCCAGGGACUGGAUCUGAACGAGGAGCUGCAUGUGGGCGGUUACCCCAACUACACUAGUCUCGCCAAAACUGCCGGCAUUAAGACUGGUUUUGUCGGCUGUAUCCGUCAGCUGGUCAUCCAGGGCGAGGAAGUCAUCUUCAAAGACCUCGACCGCAGCUCUACAGGAGUCACAAACUGCCCCACGUGCAAAGACCAACCAUGCCAGAAUGGAGGGAGGUGUGAGGACUCGGAUGCCAGCUUGUAUUCGUGCAGCUGCCCCAGAGGCUUCACAGGCAGCAACUGCCAGCAUCACCCAUCCCUUCACUGUCACUCAGAGGCCUGCGGACAGGAUGCCACUUGCAUUAACCGCCCCAAUGGCCUGGGCUAUGACUGCCGCUGCCAUCUCGGAAAGUUUGGAAACAAAUGCAUGGAUGGGGAGUUGGUGACCACUCCAAUGUUCGAUGGAGAGGAGUCGUACAUCGCCUAUCCUCCCCUGACCAACAUCCACGAUGACCUGCGGGUCGAGCUGGAGUUCAAGCCCCUGGAAAGAGACGGUCUCAUGUUCUUCUGCGGGGGGAAGAAAAUGAAAGUGGAGGACUUUGUGGCCGUCUCCAUGGUGGAUGGACAUGUAGAGUUCAGAUACGAGCUGGGCACAGGCCAGGCCAUCCUUCGCAGCCCAGAGCCGGUUUCUCUGGGCCAGUGGCACAAAGUUGUGGCCGAGCGGAACAAGAGGGCCGGCCACCUGAGGGUCGAUCAAGGCCCGGUGGAGAGGAAGACAUCUCCAGGAAAAGCCCAGGGCCUGAAUAUCCACACAGCCAUGUACCUGGGAGGAGUCCCCAACAUGGACAUCCUGCCUAAGCCUGCAAAUGUCAGCGAGAUGUUUGAGGGAUGUAUAGGAGAGGUUUCCAUCAACAACAAGAAGCUAGAUUUGUCCUACAGCUUUACAGAAAGCAAAUCUAUCCGCAAGUGUGUGGACGACAGCCCCUGUGACCGCCGGCCCUGCCUGAACGGUGGACACUGCAUGUCGAGUGUUGAAUAUGAAUACCAGUGCCUCUGUAAGGAUGGAUUUGAAGGUGAGCAUUGUGAGGUGGUGAGAGACGUGUGCCAGAGCGACCUUCACUGCCAGAACGGCGGCAGCUGCGUCGAUGGCCAGUGCCUGUGUACACCCAACCACUCUGGCCUGAACUGUGAAGAAAGCCAGGUCUCCUCCUCCCCCGCAGCCCUGAGGAAUUUGGAAGAUAGCGAGGCAAAUGAUUCUCCAUAUCAGUAUGCAGCUCAUUUCCAUAAUGAUGGAUACAUUGCCCUUCCUCGAUCCAUCUUUCCAAGGAGUGCCCAUGACUCACCAGAGACCAUUGAACUGGAGAUCAACACUGGCUCCUCUGAGGGCCUGAUUUUUUGGCAGGGAGUGGAGACCAAUGGCGCACGCAAUUUGCGAAAGGUGCAUGCUAGUAAAAAGGAUCACGGAGAGAACGGUAAAGGAAAGGACUUCAUUAGCCUCGGCCUACAGAAUGGACAACUUGUUUUCAGCUACCAGUUGGGCAGCGGAGAGGCAGAAAUCUUGUCCAGGAAGUCCAUAAAUGACGGGAGAUGGCAUAAGAUCACAGCAGUCAGAACUGGGAAAGAUGGAUACAUCAAGGUUGAUGGAGAAGCUGAGCUGCAUGGACAGUCUAAAGGCAGGAGCCUCAUGGUGAACACUAAAGGCAGUAUAUACCUUGGUGGAGCCCCGGACAUGGUGGCUAUGACGGGAGGGAAGUUUUCUUCGGGAAUGACGGGCUGCGUUAGGAACCUGACACUGCUGAACGCCCGGCCGGGACAGCAGCCCGCCCAGGCCAUCGACCUGCAAGCCCACGCAGCCUUAGGCAUCAACGUGCAGCCAUGCUUUUCAUAGAUCUCUGCAUUAAAAAAAAACACACACACACACAAACUAAACACACACAAACACAAACAGAGACUUUGGAGUGAUGUCAUACACACAGAGAGACUCACACACAAACAAAGAGGGUGACACAAACUUGGUGCUUUGCUGCUACCAAAAAAAAAAACACACAAAAAAAAAAACAAGAUGACACAACAGGAUAUGUUUCUCUGUGUGCAGUAAAACCAAAAAAGAGAAAAAUUGAAAACCAUAUUAACAAGUCUUCUCUUCCUCAGUGUUUGUCGAUGAAGGACUAUUAACACAGGAGAACCCGUACAGUUUACAUACUUCCAGCAGUAGUUUUAGCCAUGAGAAGAGUAAGAGUUCAACAUAUUAGGCCUUCUACGAUGGGUCAGAUCCUAUGGAGUUGGAGAUGUUUUUACAGCACUGAAUUUUUAUUUAUAUACAUAUGAAUAUAUAUAUAUAUUAUAUUUGUGGGGGAAAACAUGCAAACUAACCAUAACUGCUCUUCUACUUUUCCUGGAGUUUAUUCUGGGUUCUAAUACUGUGUGUCCGGGGCUUUUUAACAGGCCUAACUGUAUUAAUACUUGAAGAUGUUUCGGCCUUCUUUCUUCACUUCUGUAGAGGAACUUUUUUUUUUUUUUUUUUGCACGAGCAUGCUAAGCUAAUUUUUCUUUUGGGAGAGGAGCACACACGGUCACGGUCACAUGCAGCUUUGACUCACAACUCAGGUCGUCAAAUACAAAGUUAAUAAGCGUCACGUGCUGAGAUUUAACUCGGAUGUUUCUUUUUUAUUAUCAUUCAGCAAGUAAUUCACAGCGCUUACGUGUCUUCUGUGUCUGUUUUUUUUUUUUUAAUUACAAAAAAGAAAGAAACUUUGGUGCUAACGUCAGACAUGAAGAAACAGCACAUGCUCUCUGUUACAUGUAGAAUUGUUUCUUUUAGUAAUUAGGUUACUUAGAUUUAAAAUUAAAAAAAGUCUAAUUAGUAUCCAGUUGUGUACAUUUUCUGGGAUGCACGGUGUUUGAGGUUGGUUUUAUAUGAAUAUGGCAUGAUUUUGUCGCCUCAACAGCCUUAUUGUGACUGAGUAGAUCUCAAAAAGAGUCGUUUUAAAGAGCAGAAAGGGUGUGUUUUUCCAUGUGUGUGGUUGUUGAAGAUAUUGUUUGUAUGUGUUUGAACUAUCUGCCAGUCAGGUAGAUACUGUACAUCUUUCAAAUGAGAGUGAAGUUUGUAUGCUACUAGAUUUGUUGGUUAAUGACUGCAUGCCUUAGUCCCUUUUUUAUUUGUCACGCUCUAUUUUAAAGGCCCAGGAUGGAGCCAGGUGUGUGCGCGUCGUUUGUUGCGUUUGUCUCAUCAUCGAUAUCCUCAGGAGGGUUCAACCCAGAACUGCCUCCAAAAAUGUUACUUAAUUUUCAGGUUUUUCUAGCUUUAGCAACAAUACAAUAAGCUAUGAAACUCUGGAGGCUCGGUGGUUCUGUGUGUUCGUCGUCUCUGCGGUGUUCAGCAGUAUUUGGGACAGUGUUCGGUUGUUUCAACAUGCAGUGGAAGACCUCCUGCAGGUGCCGUGACCAGUCGUGUAGCUCCAUGAAAAGCAUGCUCGCCAACCUUUAGUCCACCACACUACCAAAACUGUAAAGGCACGAUCACUUUGGGGUUCACAAACCUUUCCUUUCUUAUUUUUCUAAGCUUAAAUAUUUGUAUUAAUAUCCUUAGAGUGGCUUCAUUUUUAUUUGUUUUUUCUUUUCCAUCACUUUUGUUUCACGGCUUAAAUCUGCUGUUUUUAGAGCAACCACACACGCUUGCUUUUUUCCUUUCCUCUGGUUAAUGUGUAUUGCCUCCCACAUACCCCCCCCCCCCCCCCUUGUUUUUCCCCUCAUGUUUGAGUUACAGGUCUUCAAAUAUCCCAAAUAAAGAUCCAUAAAAGGUUCACAUGUAGCUGACUGGAACUGCCUGUUAAAAAUGGUUUGAAACUGGUCUUAUUAUUCACUCAAUAAAGAAAGUCUUAGGCUACAAAUGUGACUAAUAGAUAUGAAUGUACACAGAAAGGUUUCAUCAUGUUUGUGCAGAUAUGAUCAGCAACUGCUUGUUGCCCGUGUAGGACACUGAAGCAGUGUGUGUGCGCCCCCUGUUGGGUGCCUUUUGUGUGUAUCUGCUCGUGAGUGAUUGAUUGUAUUUUAUUUACGUGUCACAUGAGUUCCCAACCCUCAUGGGUUUCCAAGACGGCAGAAAUACAGAAGUAAACAGAACUGAUUUAGUUUCUCAAAUAUACACUGAACACUCUUUCCCCAAUGUCAAGAAACUGCCACUGCUUUUGAAAGGAUGUUUUACCAUUGCAAAAUAUGAAAAAGUGCACUUUUACUGAUGAUGGGAACUUUUAUUUUAAGAACUGUUUCACUUCUGACCGGCAGGGGGGGAAAAAGCAGAUUACUGAACAAAAUUGUACCACAUGAAAUAUUGUCCAUGUCAGGACGGCCUGACAUCCAUUUCCACUGUGUAAAAGAUGCUCCCCUUGCCCCCCGUGUUUCUUAAUUAAAAACAAAAUUCAUGUGCUA